GCCACGUGACAAGGAGAGCAAAGUCAGACGUGUGAGCACGCGCGUUGUGAUUUGAUUUUGUUUUGUGUGCAAUAGGAACUUCACCGGCCCCUGUGUAAUGCCCCUGUGUGCGGGCUUCCCGCUUGACUCGUCUUCACUGCGAGUAGCCUUGCUUCCUGGAGCGUGACUCGCCUGCGGCGAUCCGAGAGACUGGUUGCUGUUGCUGAUGAUUGCUGUUUCCUGGACUGUCGGUGAAGAUGUUGUUGCGGCCGCUUUGUGGGUGACUACGUAAUGUCUGUCGCCAAGCUGACUACAUGGAACUCAAGACUGCCAUUGUCUCUGGUUUAAUUCACAGUCGGUGAACCUCUAUGCAAAGUGCUUAAAAUAUUUACGAAAAGUGCUUAGAACUGAAUGACGACUGUGUGAAAAAAAUCAAGUUGACAUGUUGUAAACAAAAAACUAUAAUCCUUUUCUCUCGAGUUUAUUUUGAAAAAAUGACCAAAGGACUUCUCUUAAAACUCAAUCCUUUUCCCUUUUGGUGCUACGUGUUUUAGUGGAAAUUCCUACAAACAUUCUAAUCAACUGCCAAAGAAUUACUUAACUAAUAGUAAAAUUAAGAAAGUAUUCUCGGGACAAUAUAUACAACUGUCUGUCUUUUAAACUAGGUAUAUAUAACUUUUAUUGUCCAUUUAGUGUGCGAAUAGUCCGACUAAAAAAGACAAAAAACAUAUUUAACAACUUUUGUAUUAGUUUAGACAAACUUUGGUCAUGUAAAAACAACUGUGACUCAACUGAUGACGUCCAUAUAUUAAAUUAAUUGAAGUAAAACUUGUUAAAUAAAUCCUAUUAUUAUAAAUCUACAGUAACAGUCAAGUUAUUACUCUAAACAUGCACUUGCCUUCAAGUAGAUAACAGCUAAGAUAAACCUUAACCAUCUUGUCUCGGAACAGGAAAUCACACCAACCUUUCACAGUUGCCACAUAAUCAUUUUACAGUGUUUACAUGUAGCGAAAUAAAAAGUCGGUAGCUUGAAAUUAGUAGUUCAUUAAGCUUUUAAAUGGUGCGAAUGUACUAUAACUGGGCUACAGAAACGGUGUUGCAGUCACGCCAAAUUAUGGUUACGCAACACCUUUCAAAUUUAACAGUGAUAAGGUUUUGGAUGCAACUCCUAGUGAUAUGAAUAAUAAUUAUAUUAGCACGAGUGAGAAAACACGUUCGGAAAGGUUGGCCCAAUUAAUUGUAUACAGUUUUAUUAAUUACCUAAUAUUUAUACUAUUAAGUUAUAACAAUUGAAUUUUCUAUUAAAAAAGUUAUGGCUCUUUUAUAAGUUCCUCAAUUUACUGUCUCCACUAUAGCUUGGCUCGAAAGUGGUUGUCCUACUGCUCACGUAUUACCGCUCACCUCUGUGCUCAACACACUGCCUCGCACUGCUCACUCGUCCGCCGCGCACACAACAGCUGUCAGAUGCUUCGGUCCCCCAGCACCAGUCUCGUCGCCCUCCCUCGCUCGCCAAGAGCUCACUCGCUCUGCCCUUCGCUGCCUCGGAGGCUGGCGUCGCCGUGUAUACACCCCUCAGCCGCCAUCAGUGUGGUGUCCGGGUCUACUUGACUGCCCUAGCUCCUGCCGAAUAACAGGCAAGAGAAGCUGCUGUUCAUGCUAUACGAAAUCACAAAAUGUAAUAAAUAAAUGUCCACUGACAGUAUUUCUUAAAUAUCUAAAAAAAAAAAAAAAAAGGUGGAUCGGAAAGAUUGACGAAAGAGGAAAAAUAUAAUUUGAAAAAUUACAGGAGAGAAAUAUUAUAACAUUGCAGGUUUUUCGUUCUAUGACCCAGGUAAUUUUUAAGUUAAGCUGUAAUUACUAAGUAAACUAUAAAAUAUGUUUACCACACAGAACUAUUUCAAGAUUAUAUUAAAAAAUAUACCUAGAGUGAAUUAUAUAAUUACAUACCUUAUUAACUUUAUCACUUAAUUAGAUUGGAUAAAUAUUAAUUACUCGCUUUAGAAUAUAAUGUGACUUUCUUGUGAAGACUAUAGCUAUAAUUUUCUCCAAUCACCACAAGAAGGUUAUUACUUACGUAAUAACUUUUGUCGCAUGUUUUUGCUGCAUAACGAUCAUUAAAUUUUCUCCAUUAAUUAGAUACUUAAAAAAACCCACACAAAUACGCAACACAUUCAGAUGUAAAAUUUCUUUAAGUAUUUGUUCCGGCUAGAUAGUUCAGUGUAAAGAACAAGGUCGUUAAUGUCAAGACCUCUGAGUUACGAUUGUUCGAUAGUCUAAUUAUUAUUCAUGCCCUUUACGUCACGUCGGUUUAUGCUCUCUAACGGUAGUGUAUAAAACAGUUCCGUAGGGGACUGCUCUUUAUAUUCUGUCUAACUAGACUCAUUACUUGGUUAAAGGCUUUAAUAUACUGAUUCACGCUAUAUUGUGCUAGCUAAGACCACGGAUAAUAAAGAUGGUGUUACAAACACAUAAUGAAGAUAUGACUACUAUACACUGAGAAAGUUUAACAUAUUAAACUUUAAAAUUUAAGUUUCUUAAAGUUUUAAAUCAAUGUGUUGAUUGGUUCACUGCUGCGUUGAAGCCACGUCUCCAGACGCAUCAGACACAUAAACCAAACAUAAAUGUAGAAUAAAUCAACAAAAUACAAUGUUCUUUACAUGAAAAAGCUUGAGAAUUAUUAUGUCUCUAAUAAAACGUUUGUUAUUGAAUAUGUAACUCAAUCGUUUGCUCCUUAGAGGGGUAUUAUAAAUUCAGAUAAACGGCAGAUUCGGAGGAAUAGAAUUUUGUUGACAUUUAGAAUCGUUUAAGUUAUUAAGACAAUAUUGCUGUAGAAGGUAUAAAUGUUAAUAAAAUCACUUCUGUAGGUAAACAAACAUAAGAAUCUUUAUCUGUAAGACGUUUCGGUGCAAUUAGUAACCAUAUUUUCCCCUUUUUACACCUUAGGGAUUAAAUUAAACAAAAUGGUACAGUUGUUAUUGGUGGUUUUUGUAUAUUUAUUAUUGGUACCUCAUAUUUUUGUAAUGCUUUAUUAGUUUUGGAUAUAUAAUUAUAUAUCUUAAAACCUCAUCUAUCCCUUUUCACCCCUUAAGAGUUGAAUUCCGAAAAAUUAUAGAAAUUUUGUUGCAUGAUAAAGUAUAUGCAUAAUAAUAUUUGGAGGUACAAUUAAUCAUCUGAAAACCAUAUUGACACCUUCAUCACUGAUUAAGGAUUGGAUAUCGCCAAAUGGUUAAAUUGUGGUGGGUUUAUUUUAUGUGUUAGUUAUGGCUACCUAUUAUCUUUUCUUAUGCAUGAUUAUCUUCUGAGAUAUAAUUAUCUUAAAUCAUAUUUACCCUUUUUUUCCCUAUUAAGGGCAGAAUUUUUUUUAUUAUAUAUAGUCUAGUGUUUAAGUAAGGCAAAUACAUUUUUUUAUUUUCAAACUAUUUAAGAGCCCAAUUCCAAUAAUUUGUUGUUUUUUUUUCUUUCGAAAAUUCAUUCAACGUAAAAUAUUUUCACCCCAAAUACUUUUAUUAUAAGUAUAAUUCCUUUUGUCCCCAGAUUUUGAUAAAAUUUAAAUGAUAAUAAACGAAAUUAAAAAUUUAAAUUCAUUUUAAGGUGUUAUUUUUGACCACGUAUACAAAGAAGUAUAAAAAUAUUUGAUCAUUAUUAUUGUUAAUUAUGUAGAUGAAAGAGUAAAAAUUAUGUACUAUAUUGUCUAAAAAUUCACUUUUACGAGGUUUUAAAUAAUCUAUAUAUAAUAACUAGUAAUCAAGGUAGAUUUUAAACACUUAAAUUAUCUACUACAUUGCUAAAUUAUCUUAGUCUAUACAAUAUAUAGAUAAAUUACUUUUAGUUUUACCUUAAUUUAAUUACUGUUGAUAAUAUGAUCUUCUAUAAGGGGAAUAACGCCUUUGCCUAUCCAGCUAUAACCUUUUAAUUUAAAAAUGUGUUAAAUUUACUGUGUAAUUUUUGUUUUCAAAUAAAAUGUAAAAGAAAAUCCAUGGCUUCAAUUGCAAUUUCAAUGUCAUAUAUAAUUAAUUAUAUCAACGAUAAAUUGAAAUGGUAAAUUUCAGAAAAUUUACUUUCAUAAUACCCCGCGAACAAAUAAAUUCACGGAAUUCACGAGUCUUAACUAUUGAGCUGUUUUCCUUUGACACAUUGUUUUUUUUUUUGGCGUGUAUGAGUAAUGAGUCAGCCGUUCGAUUACAAUAUUACUUACAAUCAUGAGCUAAUGGUUUGUUACCACUUAUUACAAAAAAAAAAAUUGUUAAAACAUUUACAAGCAUGUACACACUCUCGAAAAUCAUUCCGAAUAUUUGUAAUGUAUUCAAUCAAACGCAUGUUUAUCGUAUAACAAGAAUAGCACUAGAAAUGUCUUUCAUCGUUUUUAAUAAAAUAAUUCUGUUAGUUAUGUAAAUAUCUACCAUGCAAUAUGUAAAUCAAAUUGUUAGUGCAUUGUCAGAAAUGUUUCUUUAAUAGAAACUAUUUUACAGCAACAAUUAGUCAUAUAGUAAACUAUUUCAUCAAAGCGUUUUAUGAUUAGCCGUUUAUGGUUUCCAAUAAAUACGGUAUAGUCUAUUAUUUAUUGUUAACACACGGUUGUAUCCCAGCGCAAACUUCUAGAUUUCUUUGUUUAAUUCCAAGGACAAAAAAUACAAUACGCGAGUAGAAGCUACGAUUGUGUGCUAAUACAUGAUCUGCGUUACAAAAUAAAUGUACCGGGCUUUCAAGGAAAUAUAACAGUUUAGCACAAUGUCUAUGGACGACAACACGCCGUCUGCAGGCGACAACUCGCCGGUGCAGGACUUCUACCGGGACUGCGGGGUGCUGGUGACGGGCGGGACAAGAUUCCUGGGAAAGCUCGUCAUAGAGAAGAUCCUGCGAUGCUGUCCUGCCGUCAGGACCGUGUACGUGCUGAUACGACCGAAGAAAGGCGUGUCGGCGGAGGACAGGAGGAAGGCGCUUAUGGACAACGAGGUGUUCGAGCGCAUGAAGAGCGAGCAGCCCGACUGGCAGAGCAGGCUCGUGUUCGUGUCUGGAGACUGCUCGCAGCCUCGCCUGGGGCUGAGCGACACUGACUACCAUCACCUCACUCAACACGUCAACAUCGUGCUGCAUCUGGCCGCCACCGUCAGGUUCGACGAGACCUUGAAGGUGGCGAUCGCCAUCAACGUGAAGGGAACAGAAGAGGUCAUCCGGCUCUGCCGGGACUGUGUUCAUCUGAAGGCUGCAGUGUAUGUCUCAACUGCUUAUUCGAACUGCAUUCAUCAGCUGAUCAAAGAGGAGUUUUACGAGCCUCCCAUGUCAUUGGAUGACUUAUUUGCUCUUAUGGACUCAUUCACUGAACAGGAAUUACACAUGUUGUUCCCAAAAGUGAAAUGUCGUUGGCCAAACACUUACGCAUUCUCUAAAGCAAUGGCUGAAAAUUUGAUAUUAACUCAGGCAAAAGAUUUACCUGUUUCGGUCGUCAGACCAUCUAUGGUUGUAAACACAUACUACGAGCCAGUCCGCGGUUGGGUGGACAACAUGUACGGCCCAAUUGCAAUCUGUUGCGGCGUGGGAACCGGCCUGAUGCAUGUGUGUCACACCGCUGAGGAGGCCGUACUGGACAUUAUCCCAGCUGACAUGGUCACCAACUGCAUACUAGUAGCGGCUUCCCAGGCAGAUUACAGUGAAAAUGAUACUAUUCCAGUCUACAACAUUACAACACCAGAGAACAACUCGCUUACAGUAAGACGUUUUGAAGACUUUUUGAUGUAUAUGUUACACCGUUUUCCGUUAAAAACGUGUAUCUGGUACCCAUUCUGUUUCCACAUCAAAAACUAUAGGCUGUAUAUGCUUCUAACUUUUUUCCUGCAUUUUAUACCAGGAUGUGUAGUGGACUGUGGACUUCGUUUGAAGGGGAUGCCACCCAUGGUAACGAGACUAUACAGAAAAAUACAGAAAUAUUCUGUUUUUACGGGUUAUUUUGCCACGAAAACUUGGAAAUUCAUGAAUGGGAAUACAAUAGAACUUUAUGCCAAACUUGAAGAAAGAGACAAAGAGAUAUUUUAUUUUAACACGAGUGUGAUAGACUGGAUGCAGUUUAGACAUGACUGCACUCUAGGAGUAAGGAAAUACUUGCUACAUGAACCACUCGAUAAUCUACAGGAGACAAAGUUUCGUUUACGAAUGUUUACAAUAGCCCAUAGAGUGCUGAAAGUUAUAUUUUACGGCGUGGUGUUGUGGACUGGAUGGCGCCUCAUUAAAAUCUCGACGAUUGACUUACUGCAGUAUUUUUAAGAGGGAAUCUUUAAUGCUGAUAUAAACAUUAUAUACAGAGGUUAUGUGUUAUUUAACUUUUGUUAAAAUAUUAUACGAUAUGAAUU